GGAUACGUGGUGGAAUGAACAACCUAGAUUAGUCAGUUUUCUUUUAAAGUAAGAGAUUAAUCCCCUCAUUUAUACAAGGAGCUAUUUUUGCAAGAUUAAUCCCCUCAUUUAUACAAGGAGCUAUUUUUGCAAACUACAAAACCAAACGUGCAAACAACCAACCUUCCAUUUUAAUCUACAAAAAUGUGUGCAAAGCUGAGCUGACUAUGUUUUACCAGAAAGUUGAAUUGAAGUUGAAGCUGCAAUAGCAUAGCUUCAUUCACCAACUCUCCCUCACCAACCCCUUCUACCAACCUUCAUCUACCUCUUCUUCUCGUCUCACUUCACUGCGUUCCAUUUUCUUCAUCACAACACAACCUACUCUCUCUCUCUCUCUCGCCAAUUCGCACAUGGCCAACACGCUGUACAACGCCACCACAUGCCGAAUCCCUAUCGGCGGCGACCACCAAUGUCUCGCCGUAAAUCGCAACGUCUCCAGAUCCCUCUCCUUCUGCUCAAACCUUACCACGCUUCCUCUCAAAGCAAUGGAGUUUAACGCGGGGAAUCAUUCAGGGGCAAUAACGGUGGUGAAGGCUGCGAAAUCCGAUUUUGAUGAAAGGGGCAUUGACAUUUCAUUGAGCCCACGAGUCAACGCUGUGAAGCCGUCCAAGACCGUCGCCAUCAGCGACCAAGCCACCGCUCUCGUCGAAGCUGGCGUUCCCGUGAUUCGAUUGGCGGCUGGAGAGCCUGAUUUUGACACACCUGCUGUCGUAGCUGAGGCUGGGAUCAAUGCAAUUCGUGAAGGGUACACGAGGUACACCCCGAAUGCCGGAACGUUAGAGCUACGUCAAGCAAUUUGUCAUAAGCUGAAGGAGGAGAAUGGGAUUACUUAUACUCCUGAUCAGGUUGUGGUUAGUAAUGGAGCCAAGCAGAGUAUUGCUCAGGCAGUGCUUGCAGUUUGCUCUCCAGGAGAUGAGGUCAUAAUUCCAGCUCCUUUCUGGGUUAGUUACCCAGAAAUGGCAAGGAUGGCUGAUGCAACACCUGUGAUUCUUCCAACCUCAAUAUCUGAUAAUUUCCUAUUGGAUCCCAAACGCCUUGAAUCCAUAAUUACUGAGAAAUCAAGACUGCUUAUUUUUUGUUCACCAUCAAACCCAACAGGAUCCGUCUACCCCAAGAAAUUACUUGAAGAGAUAGCCCAGAUUGUAGCAAAGUACCCAAGGCUUCUGGUUAUCUCUGAUGAAAUUUAUGAAAACAUCAUCUAUGCACCAGCAACACAUACUAGCUUUGCAUCUCUACCAGGAAUGUGGGACAGAACACUAACUGUGAAUGGAUUUUCUAAGUCCUUUGCAAUGACUGGUUGGCGGCUUGGAUACAUCGCUGGUCCAAAACAUUUUGUUGCAGCAUGUGGAAAGAUACAAAGUCAGUUCACUUCAGGAGCCAGUAGCAUUUCGCAGAAAGCUGCUGUUGCUGCAUUAGGACUAGGCUAUGCUGGCGGCGAGGCUGUUUCUACCAUGGUGAAAGCAUUUAGGGAGCGAAGGGAUUUCUUGGUUAAAAGUUUUGGAGAGAUCGAAGGUGUUAAAAUAUCAGAACCCCAGGGAGCAUUCUAUCUAUUCAUUGAUUUCAGCUUCUGCUAUGGAAGAGAAGCUGAAGGAUUUGGCAAAAUUGAGGAUUCUGAAUCCCUCUGUCGAUAUCUGCUGGAUAAAGGCCAGGUAGCACUGGUGCCCGGAAGUGCUUUCGGAGAUGAUACUUGUGUUCGCAUCUCUUAUGCAGCAUCCCUUACUACCCUACAGGCUGCUGUAGAGAGGAUUAAGAAAGCUCUUAUCCCUCUAAGCUCAGCUGCACUUGUUUAAUGUUAAUGGUUGUUGUAAUGGUUGUAUUUUAUUUUUGGGUUGUCAAUGUGUUAUCUAUUUAGGCUGUGUGGGCUUUUUCCAUUAAUAAAGUGGGUUGCCAACUGUCUCAUUAAUAAUUUAUUUGAAAUUCUAGUGAAAAA